GGCUAGACUGAACCCUUAGACCGGAUUGAUAAAAGUUACAUUAUGUAAUGCGGCUUCAAGACUUAUACUAUAACAUAAAUCAGUUCUAUCCCCCUUUUCAAUAAUGAUUUAUCCAAUUCGUAUUGUCUAUUAGUAACCAGUGUAUUUGAUAUACUAUCACGAACAUGACAUCCAUGGAAGCUGAGAGCGUUGCGACUAUUGUGUGCACCUCUAAACAAACUCGCUUCAACAUCGGGACCCCUAACUAUCGCGAGUUAGAUAUUGAAGGACUAAAUAUAAUUGUCAAGUCUGGAUCCAAGUCCGGUGCCAAAGGCAAGGCCAAGGCAAAGAGCGAGGGUACCAAAAUCCUUAGUAAUGCUAAGUUGAGACUCAAAGCCGGCCAGCGGUAUGCUCUGAUCGGAAGGAAUGGUACUGGGAAAUCAACCCUAUUAAAGGCGGUGGCGGAAAAGCUCAUACCGGGCCUACCAGAAGAGACCCGUAUAACUAUUCUCCAGCAGACUGACGUUGGAGAUGUCAAUGCUGACGAAGGCCCCGUUCCUACCCCUAGUGAAGGCGAGGGUCCAGUAGUGCUAGAGGAAGUUAUUGAGCGAGCCACUGCCAAGCAGGAGGUGCAAAAAGAAAUCGAUAUUUUAUUAAGAGGUGUCGAUGGCGGUGACCCCUUUGGCGCUCUGAGGGCCUUUCGGAAAGUCCACCACGGACGCCUUCAAAAAGAGUUAUUCCUUAAGGAUAAAGAUGCAAGCCUCCGUAGCGGCACGAGAGGUAUGCAGGCGAGAAAAGCUCUGAUCACCAUGGAGAAGAAAGUUGCCGAAUUCCAGUCGGAAUAUGAACGAAAAGACGAGGAUAUCACACCCGAGACGCUUGCAAAGGAGACAAGCGAAGCUGCCGAUAUGCUUGCCGACCUCCAGCUUCAAGUCGAGCCGUCAAAGCUGGCAGAAACCGAGUCAAAGGCGAAGAAGAUCCUUACAGGUCUCGGCUUUACAGAAUCUCGUAUGGCGCAACGCGUUUCAAGCUUAUCCGGCGGGUGGAAAAUGCGAACAGCCUUAGCAGCCGCAUUACUACAAGACACAGACAUCUUAAUCCUCGACGAACCCACAAACUUCCUCGACCUCCUCGGAAUCAUCUGGCUGCAGCGUCACCUCACAGCACUAGCCGAGUCGUCCGAUCCGCCCACCCUAAUCCUCGUCUCCCACGACCGCGACUUCAUCUCCCUGUGCACGGAUCUCCUCAUCAUCAAGGACAUGGACCUAACGUACUUCCACGGCGACCUGCCGACAUACGAGGCCUCGCGCGCCGAGAAGAAGGCGCAUCUGACGAAGAUGAAGGACGCGCAGGAUAAGCAGAAGGAACACAUCCAGCAGACGAUCCAGCGCAACAUGCGCGAGGGCAAGGCCAAGGACGACCAGAAUAAGAUCCGCCAGGCUAAGUCCCGCCAGAAAAAGCUCGACGAUAGGUGGGGGAUGGAAGUCAAUGCCAAGGGCGGCCGCUUCAAGCUCAACCGGGACUUGGUCGGAUACCACCUUACCGCGCGCGCCGAAAUCGACAUCCCCCAGGACGAACGCCCCGUUAGUUUCGCGCUGCCGGACCCGCCUGAGCUCCGGUUCCCCGGGGCCCUGAUAUCCCUAGAAAAAGUCUCGUUCCGAUACGCAAGGGACGCAAAAGCGCCCGUCGUGCUGAAAGACAUCGAUAUAUCCGUCAGCAUGGGCGACCGCAUCGGCAUCCUCGGCCUCAACGGCAGCGGCAAGUCCACGCUAAUCAAGCUCCUGGUCGAAGAAACACGGCCGUCGGCCGGGACGGCGACUAAGCAUCCGAGGUUGAAAUUGGGGUACUACGCGCAGCACGCGGUCGAGGCGCUGCAGGAGAUGGGACAGGUGGAUACGGAGAUGACGGCUCUUGGGUUGUUGAUGGGGGAAAAUGGUAGCGAGCUGGAUGAAGGCGAGAUAAGAGGGCUCCUGGGUUCACUCGGCUUGCCGGGUCGCCUGGCGUCUGACGUCCCUGUGCGCCGGCUCUCCGGCGGACAGCUUGUAAGGCUGGAACUUGCCCGGAUCUUGCGCCGGCGGCCGCAUUGUCUGGUCUUGGAUGAAGCGACCACGCAUCUCGAUUACGAGACGGUGGCGGCGUUGCGGGAGGCGCUGCGGGGCUGGCAGGGCGCGGUUGUGUUGGUUAGUCACGAUCGGUGGUUUGUAAGGGGUGUGGUGGAAGGGAUUGUGGGAGAUGAUGGGGAGGAGAGCGAGGAGGAUGAUAGGGGUGGGGAUGCGGGGGGUAUGAGGAGGAGGCUGGUCUGUAGGUUGAAAGCGGGAGCGAUGAGUGUGUUGGAGGGUGGAGUGAGUGAGUUUGAGGAGGGGGUUGAGAGGAGAGUUAGGAAGAUGGAGAGUUCAUAGGGUACCUAGUGAGCGUUGGGGAGUAUGGAUUAAUGACUGUUUUACUUUUGGUAGUUAAAUGAGUGUUGAAGAAAAGGGGCUAUGAUAAGCAGGAGUUGAGAAUUGAACCAAUGUAUUUUGAUGUAUUACCUCUAACGGGUACAAUCACAGAUUCAUACUAACCCAAGCUCUUCCAGCUUAUUUCGGCCUUUAUUUUAAACUUCAGAUCUUCUCCUAUAUAUCUCGACUAAGAGAAACUACAGUGUUUUAUAC